UGGUGAGGUGAUGAGUGUCGUUACAGUCCAGUGUGUGAAAAUGGUGACAGCCAACAUGUUACUGAGUGUCUUCUUUGUUUCAGGUGCUUUGGCUGAUUGUCCUCAUGAUCCAGCCCUAUUUAUUACUGCACCAAAGAACAUUGAAGCACUGAGUGGAUCUUGUUUGCAAAUCCCAUGUACCUUCUCACCUAAGCCAGACAUAAACUUCAGCACCACAAGAUCAGUUUUCGGAGUGUGGAUUAAAAGUGACUCCAGAUUUAACUCCAAUCCAAACAAUGUGAUUUUCAACAGUAGUAAGACAGUUAACACCUACCCAGUGAAUAUUACUGGAAACCUGAGUGAGAAAAACUGCACCACUUUAUUUUCCAGUUUAAUCACAAGUUACACAGACACAUACUACUUCAGAGUUGAGAACACGUCAUUCAUAGCAACAGCUUCUUGUGAUCCUCUUCAAAUAACAGUUAAAGAUUCUCCUCCGAGCCCCAGAAUUGAGAUCUCAGGUGAUCUGAAGGAGAAGGAGUCUGUCACUAUAACCUGCUCAGCUUCCACUCCCUGUCCACACUCCCCUCCUAAACUCACCUGGAAUCUCACACAAGACCCUCACAACAUAAUAGAGAAAAACAUAGACCAAACCCUCACAACUAAAAUCCAGGAGACCAUCACUCUGUCAGACAAACAUGAUGGAGUCACCAUCACCUGUUCUGCCACAUAUCCUGUGGAUGGAGGAAACUAUAAGACAGCAGAGGAGAGAAAGACUCUCAAUGUUUCAUAUGCUCCCAAGAACACCUCAGUAUCCAUCAGUCCAUCAGGUUUGGUGUCAGCAGGUAGCUGGGUGAACCUGACCUGCUCCAGCAGAGCCAGUCCUCCCAUCAGCCGCUUCACCUGGUUCAAGACCAGCAAUACUGGACCCAUCAAAGUGUCUGAAGGAGACUUUUACAGUUUUAAUGUGACUGAUGGAGGAUUUUAUUACUGUGUGGCCACAAAUGAUCUUGGUAAUGGAACAUCAUCAGAGAUCCAUCUGACUGUUAAAGGAGGUAGCUUAAUACGAUGGGGAGUAAUUCUUGGAAGAAUCUUUGGGAUCCUUGUUCUCAUCUGCCUGGUCGUCUGUGUUUGGCGUUUAAAGUCGACACAUUCAACUGCACAACAGACUCAGAGUCAAACAGGUGAAGAGCUUGUUGUUGCAGAGCCACCAAGAAAAGCAGAAGAAGAAGAAGACAUCCAUUAUGGAGAGAUCGACUUCUCCAAGCGGGGACCUGGACCGUCCUCGGCUUCAGAGAUGGACAGUGAACAGCAGCAGGAUCCACUGUAUGCACAGGUCAAAGUGUCGAAGACCGAAAACGUCCCAGAGGAUCUCUACGCUCAAGUGAAGAGAAAAUGAGUAUUGUCUUGUGAUUACAUCUGGGGUGGAUUUAUAGUUAUCCUUUUUUAACCUAUACAAGAUGUAUAAUAUAGAAAAGACACUAGAGCCUGGACAGAAAAAGCAUCUUCAUUUCACACAGUUAAGGGGAACUCAAAACUUCCACGCCCUGCAGCUCAGAUGGUUUUGUCAGCCAUUUUAAUAUCACACUUCAUACUUGUGAAAUGACCUCAUCCGGCUGUUGCUGUGUGAUUUGUAAUCUGCAUAUCAGAUCAGUGCCAACAGAAGCCCUACACCUCUUAAUAGGGAAGUAUUAUAAAUAACAAUACGAGAAAGAAUUAUAGUGACCUUAAUACAAGGGCAGUUCUGUGCACACAUUACCAGUGUAGGACAAGAUUGUGUUUAAUCUGGAAAUGUUUGUGUAAUUUAUUAUCUUAGAUACUACAGAUCUUUUUUUUACAAAGCAAGUUUAAUCUCAUGUACUUAUCUACUGUGUUGUGUCUACAUUUUUAUUUUUAUUUGUAUUUGAACAACUUUCAAAAAUGAACAUAAAACAUUGUUUCUGCAUUUUAAGUCAUUUAUUCAUUGCACCGUAAUAAAAACCUUGGCAUACAAUUCCUAAAAAUACCUAAUAAUCUCAGUUGCAUUUAUUGGUCCAACAUUUCACAUAUUGUGUGUAAACAUCACCUGAAAUCAGACAGUUGAAUCACAAACAUUACAAAAGUG